GUGAAUCAGAAAAAGGUGAUGAAAAUCGGGACCUCGAAACAAUUCUCGGCAACCUCUUCCCAUGCCCUCUGUUUUAAAAACUUGUCACUAUAUGCCUUCUCUGACAAAUUCCAUAGACAUGGUCGUUGUUCAACUUCAAUUAUAAGUUUUUCUGCGUCCAGCAUUUUGCGAGCAAAAUACAUGUCAACUUUCACGCAACCUUUACCUGACUGACCCUUUUCUCGGUCCCCUCGCCCCCCGCGAACCCGUUUCGGUCGGAUUAUGCGUGUGAGUCGGCGCACAACUCAUUUUACGUCGCCGUGUGGCACGAACUAGACUUUUGUAUGAAACCGAAUGCAGCAGAAUUUACGCUGCCGAAAUUACGCGACUUACAACUCAAAAAAUUACGUCCGUUUGGCCUCACCCUAAGCGUAAUAAUUACGAGAUGUUUGGCGUAGGUAAUUGACCAUGGGAAAAACGUGGAUUUUUUAGGAAAUUAUAGGAAGAUUUGCUAACAUUUUGAGUGUUCUAUCAUGUGGAUUUAGCGUGAACUACGUUAGUUUUAAAAACUACUGCAUCGAAACAGCAAAAAAUGCUUAGAACUCUAUAACUGGUACAAAAUGAGUGCAUCUCUGCACAAACUACUGAUACACGGUGCAGACAUAAUAAAGGAGUUACCUUUGCUUGUGGGUUUGUUGUCAGAAGAUGUGCUGGAAACUAGUCAAAAGGAAUAUAAAGGUUUACGACUUUUCCUUGCUAGAAAACCCUCCAGAAUCCACACUAAUAUAGACAUUGUACACUGGAUGCUAAGCUUCUGAUCCAAUUAUUGCAUCCGAGAGGAGGAGUCAUAAUAAAAAAAGAAACCCGUUUUCUAAAGAGGUACUGGAAAUGUUGAACGUGCCAGUUGUAGAAACGAUCGAAAACAAGGAUGAAAAUGACGAAGAAAGAGUGGAUGAUCAUGAUGACAGUAAUUGAUUACCUAUUUGUUUGCAACACAAUUGAUAUAUGAUUGAUAUAAUUAUGUGUAUUUUAAGUAAAAUAAUGUAGAAUUUUAUUUACAAUAUAAUUUUAUUCCUUGCUAUAAAUACCUUUAAAGCCCCCAGUACACAAUGGCCUGUGAUGGGCCACGCUUUGCAGUGCACAAUUGUAGGCCACGAUCACUUGGUGUUCACACAAUGGCGCAUGGCUCAUUGCUGCCUGACAAACCACUUGCGAUGGACGUCGAAGUAAUUACGGCUGCGGCUAUUUAUUUGUAUACUGUUUACAAGUAUUACAGAAGUGUGUACCGUCACAAAGUUAUAAAAAAGAAAUGGCGAAAAAGGCGAUGGUGGAUGCUGACCAUUCAUCGAAACAGGACAAGGCAAUUCAUGGACAAUCUGUUAAGCGACCUUGUUGCAGAACCAUCAGGGGAAUUCGAUAACUUUGUUCGUAUGUCAUCUAGUGAUUUCGAAUAUACAUUGCAAAAAAUAUCGCCAAUUAUUGCAAAAAAGGAUACAUAUUGGCGAGAAGCAAUACCUCCAAAAAUAAGAUUGGCAUUGACAUUGCGAUUUCUUGCGACUGGAGACAGUUAUAGGAGCCUGCACUACCAUUUUAAAAUAUCAAGUACACUCAUAUCUAGAAUUAUUCCUGAAGUAUGUUUGGCUCUGAACCAAGUGCUAAAGGACAUGAUUAAGGUGAGUUAAUAAAACAUUUGUAUAUACUUUAAAUUUUUUAAUCAUUAAUUAC